AUGGGGCACCAGGGCCUCUUCGUCCUGGCCGUCGUGUUGGCCCUUUUUUUCACUCUCCAGGCCGCGCAGGGCCUGGUCCUGGUGGGCUCUGGACCCUUCCACGCUGCGCUCUUCGAGCGCUUGUCGACCGACUACGCCUUCCAGCGCGAUGACGUCAAGCUGGCCUACUCUCUGGCCCCCCCGGCCGACACCUGCCAAGCCCUCGCCCUCUACGACCAGGGCCUGGUCGAUUUUGUGUCGACUUCGUACCCCAUGGCCACCGACGACGCCUGUGGCCCCCCCGGCGGCACCCCCUACAACAGCUCCACCGACGCGCUGGUCCAGGUGCCCGUCGCCGCCACCGCCGUCGCGCUCGGCUACCGGCUCGACGCGCUCAACACGGGCAACGAGACUGAGCUGGUCCUCAGCGCCGCCAUUCUCGUGGGCAUUCUGAACGGUACCGUCACCCAUUGGGACCACCCGCUCGUAACGGGUCUCAACCCGACGUUGCUGGGUGGCUUCGCCGGACCCAUCACGCUGGUCUACUCGUCCCGGCGCAACAGCCCCGGCAACAUCGGCGAUGUGCUGGAAGCGGCCCUGCGCUCGGCCAGCCCGGCCUUUGGCGCGUGGCUCGACUCGUCGUACGGCGGCAACCUCACGUUGGCCCUCGCCGCGUGCCCGGCCGCGGUCGAAGCGGCCGACCCGGUGGGUUCGGUAAAUGCCACCGACGGCGCCAUCACCUACUGCCCCAUCGAGGAGGCCAGCAAGAGGGGCCUCCCGCACGCGUCGAUGAUGAACCGCGCGGGCUACAAGGUCAAGGCCAACGCGGCAUCGGUGGCCGCGGCCAUGGGCACCCUCGCCGCCAAUGCGACGAUGACGCAGAAGCUGUCGAUCGUCAACACGGCCGCCAACGGGUCGUGGCCGCUGGCCAACAUGGUACUGGCCACGAUGCGGCUUAACCGCCGGCUGGUGGAGAAGAAGGUGGACUGCCUCUACAUCCGCGAGACCCUCUCCUUUCUGAGCUGGUCGCAGAUCAACAGCGCCGCUGCGGGGUCGGCCGGCCAGCUGGGCUUCUACGCGCUGUCGUUCGGCUACAAGCGGCUGGGGACCAAUCUUCUGCAGAGCGUGCUGUGCAACGGCGUGCCGGCGGUGGGCAAGGGCAUCCUGUUCGGCAACGGGUCGCCCAACGAGGUCUACCAGACGCUGACGCAGUCGUUCAGCAGCAAUUCGUUCAGCCUCAAGUACUUCGGGAGCACGACGGCGGGCGGCAUCGCGGCGCUCAAGGCCCGCGAGGCCGACUUUGCCAUCAUCUCGACGGCGCUGUCGCCGGCCGAUCAGCUGGCGAUGCCCCACGUGAAGCCGGUGCCGUUCACGGCCAUGGCCAUCGCGCCGGCCUACAACAUCCCGGCCAUCUCGGGCCUGGCCUCGCUGGUGCUCUCCAUGGAGGUCAUCUCCGACAUCUACAUGGACCGCAUCACCAAGUGGAACCACCCGGACAUCGUCGCGCUCAACCCGCUCCUCAACGGCUCGCUGCCCAACGCCGACAUCCGGCUCAUCUACCAGUCCACCUUCAGCACCAUCACCUACAUCUACUCUCGCGCCCUGUCCCUCGUCGUGCCCGAGUUCAGCCAGAACAUCAACUGGGGCUACACGAUCGACUUCCCGGCCGCGGACAACCCCAACACCGUGGGCGUGGACAGCCUCGACGUCAUGCAGGUGGUGCAGGACACGCCCAACUCGCUCGCCAUGUGGACCUCCAACUACGACGCCAAGGAGCGCCAGGCCAAGCCUGCGAGCAUGAUCAACCGCGACGGCGAGACCGUAGCGGUGAGCCAGGACACCAUGGCCUCGUCUAUCAACGCCCUCAUCGCCGAGAGCCCCGUCGAGAUCUUCUGGGCGCCCGGCCCCAACAGCUGGCCCAUCCUCACCGUCAACUCGCUCCUGCUGGACACCCGCCAGCAGGGCGACUGCGCCCGGCUCGAGUCCCUCGUCGAGUGGCUCUACUGGAGCCAGACCUCGGCCGACGCCCUGGGCACCAUCUUCGCGUCGGGCCUGGGCGUGCCCUCGGCCUCGGGUCCCUUCGUCAAGGCCAUGCUCCUCAACUACGUCGCCGACAUCAAGUGCGACGACGAGCCUGUGAGCGCGCUGGCCGGCUGCAUCCACAACGGCACCCUGUGCUCGGACAUGGGCAGCUGCAUCCAGGGCAGCUGCUUCUGCGACGAGGGCCGCACGGGCGCGUGGUGCGAGGAGUGGAAGCAGGACUCGUCGUCCGCCGACACGGUCCUCAUCGUGCUGCUGAGCGUGAUCAUACCGCUGGCGCUGCUGCUGCUCCUGGUGCUGGCCCUGGUGGUGGUCUUCGUCUGCUGGCAGCAGCGGCGGCGGAACAACGCCCAGGAGGACUGGCAGAUCCUGCCCGAGAUGCUCGAGUUCGGCGAGUCGCUGGGCAACGGCAGCUACGGCGAGGUGCACAAGGCCAUGUGGAAGGGCACCGAGGUGGCGGUCAAGGUGAUCAAGCGCGCCGACGUGACGCGCGAGAUGGAGGCCAGCUUCAAGGACGAGGCGCGCACCAUGGCCCGGCUGCGGCACCCCAACGUGGUCCUCUUCAUGGCCGCCUGCACCAAGCCUCCCAACAUGUGCAUUGUCAUGGAGGAUCUGAUCCACAACGAGCUGGUGGCGAGCAUCCCGCCCAAGCUCAAGGUCAAGAUCCUGUACCAGGCGGCCAAGGGCAUGCACUUCCUCCACUCGUCGGGCAUCGUGCAUCGCGACCUCAAGUCGCUCAAUCUGCUGCUCGACAACAAGUGGAACGUCAAGGUGGGCGACUUCGGGCUCACCGCCUUCAAGGACUCGCUGGGCAAGGGCGCCGACACCGUGGCGCAGGGCACCAUUCACUGGUCGGCCCCCGAGGUGCUCUCUGAGGAUCCCAACGUCGACCACUCGCUCGCCGACGUCUACUCGUUCGGCGUCGUCAUGUGGGAGCUCGUCACGCGGGCCUACCCUUACACCGGCCUCAGCCCCGCCCAGAUCGCCGUCUCCGUCAUCCGCGAUCAGCUGCGCCCGUCGGCCCUGCACAAGUACGGCUAUCUGAGCGUUGAGGAGCAGAGGCUCGUGGAGAUCCUGGAGCGCUGCUGGAGCCAGGACUACACCAUGCGACCCACGUUCCUCGAGAUCAUGACCCAGCUGGCCGACCUGAGCAAGGAGGCCGGCGCGGGCACGAGCCGCAGCAGCAGCAGCAGCACCACCCACUCGACCCUGAUGGCCGGCUACGAUAGCAACCUGACCACCACCGGCCUGGGCGACACGAUCUCGAUGUCGUCGAGCAGCAAGAACGAGCGCUCGACGUCCACAAACGGCGAUGAUGAUGUCGGCCUGCCGGUCGUGGCCGGCCGAAUGGGCGGCGGCGGUGGAGAGGCGGCAGCCAAGGCGCCGCUGUCGGUGCCCCGAACCGACGUGUCGUUCGUAGUGUGCGACCUCCGGCGGUUCGCCGAGGUGUGGCACGCCGACGCGGACGUGGCCAGCGACGCGAUCGCGGCCUACAUGCGGAUCAUCCGUCGUCGGGCCGGCGAGCACCGCGGCCACCUCUUCUCCCCGUCGCAGCUCAACAGCGGCGGAACCUGCAUGCUGGCCUUCCACUCGCCCAGCGCGGCCGUGGCCUUCGCUGUCGCUGUGCAGACCGACGCCCUGCAGCACGACACGCUCGAGGGCCGCUCGCGGGUGGGCAUUUCCGUCAAGCGAGGCCAGUGCCGCGCGCCUCCGGACGACUUCCUCAAGACAAGCUACGUCGACAAGGACUACAAGGAGGCCUGCAUGGUCUGCGCGCACUGCGCCCCGCAGCGCAUCGAGUGCUCGAAGGAGUUCGUGCAGUUGGCCCGUGAGACUGAGGCGUCGCUUUCGUUCUCUGAGCGCGGCGCCUACGCGCGCGUGCUCUUCGGCCAGGCAGCAGAGAACGAAGAUGACGACGAACCGAACGAAAAUGAUGAUGACGACGACGACGACGACGACUGCGGCAACGAGGGCUCGACGGCCAUGUUCGACUGGGGCGGCUCGGCGUACGCGAUGGACGGCCUAUGCACGUCCAACUCGUGCAGCUUCAUCAUCGACCCGAAAAAGCUGUCGACCAACGAGAAGGACAGCAUCGGCGAGGGCACCUACGGCCGCGUGUACACGGGCAGCUACCUGGGCACCGCCGUCGCGAUCAAGACCCUCUUCGGCACCCAGAUCAACGACGCGGCCAUGCUGGGCAUACGGCGCGAGGCCGCCAUCCUGUCCGACCUGGACCACCCGCACAUCGUCAAGCUCAUCGGCCUCUCGCACUCGAGCGCAGGCACGUGCCUGGUGAUGGAGCUGAUGCCAAAGGGCAGCCUCGAGCAGCUGCUGUACGGCGGCAAGGCCAAGGCUCUGCGGUAUGAGGACAAGAUGCGGAUACUUCGCGACACGGCUCUGGGCCUGGGCUUCCUGCACGAGCGGGGCAUCGUGCACCGGGACAUCAAGCCCUCCAACCUGCUCAUCGACAGCAACGGGGCCGUCAAGGUGGGCGACUUCGGCUUUGCCACAACCAAGCUCGACACCAUGACGCGAUGCGGCAGCCCCGUGUGGAUGGCCCCCGAGACCCUGGCCGCCCCUCUGUCCACCGCGGAAGACCAACCGGCCGCCAAGGAGGAGGGCUUCCGAUACGACGCCAAGGCCGACGUGUACUCGUUCGGUAUCGUCAUGUGGCAGGUGCUGACUCAGAAGCGGCCCUACGAGGCUCCCAACGGCGGCGAGAAGCCCUUCUACCAGCUCAUCCAGGAGAUCACCCGCGGCGUGCGCCCCACGAUUCCCGGCGACUGCCCCGACCACUUCGGCAAGAUGCUCCAGGCCUGCUGGCACCAGAAGGCCCGCAAGAGACCGUCCAUGGACGAGCUCGUCGUGUACUUUAACGCCCAGGUCGACCCCACGGCCGCGGGAUUCUCAGUGUAG